UCAAACCUGUCAAACUUAUUGUCUCAAAUUUCGCACAAAUCUCUUCCUCUUGUCAAAUAAAAUGUAAUCUAUUAAAAUAUGCUAGAAAUGAGUGUAAAAAUAUCCGAAAUUAUUCUUAAGCAGUAAUUUUGUAACUGCAAUUUUUAUGGAAAAGUGUAAAUAGUAACCAUAAUCAUGCCAGAAAGGAUUGAAAUUGGUGUGAUUCCUCAAGAUUUGAGGCAUGAAGAGACAAUUAUUCAAAUAGCCGAUGCUUUAGAUAAUUUGGAAUCGGCCAUGUCUCACAUUUUUGAUUGUAUAAACUCUCGAAUAUCCGACAAUGUAAAAAGACUCGAUACGAUAAAAAGUAGAGCUGAGAAGGUCCAGGGCCAAAUAGAAUAUCUCCAAACAAAUUUGAGUUUAAAAGCAGUGAAAAUGUACUCGGCCGCAAAAUAUCCAGCUAGUCACACCUACAAAGAAUAUACGUCAAUUUUGAAAUCGAAUAAAAAAAAAGUCGGUUCAACCUCCAUUUACAAAAGUCCCGUUCCCAUCGCCGAUACUUUCGAUAUGCAUUUAACAACCGGAAGUAAAACGGAAAAUGGACAGUACGCAGCAAAUAUUAAUAUUCAGGAAAAAUUGCAAUUCUACUAUGUAAAGUCAAAACCUUACAGUCGAAUUCCCGAAGGAGCGAAUCAGGAUGGAAUUAUUCCUGGGGCAUCUUCCAUCAGUGCACUUUUGCUCUUCAAUAGUUCUAAAUCGAAAGAAAGUCUUUCGCAUGGAGCGAAUCAAAUUAAUGAUAAAGAACUCGAAGACGCUCCUGAUUCUAUUCUUCAACCCUGGCAAUAUUCUAAUGUGGAGUCGCCCUCUUCUUAUUUAUACGCGCCAACAUUGGGAGAGGCUCUCUUCUUUGCGCCCGAACAAUCCCAAUUUUUGCACAGCUGA